UAAAAUAGGAUAGUAACAACGGCUUGUCGAAGUUUACAUAAAAGUGAAUUUUAUUAUACUUCAGUAUUAAUAAACUAUUUGUCUCGUCAUUGUGUGAUUUAAGUGGAAAUGUGCCAAGUUAUUAAACUGUUAGCUAUAAUUAGGACCUAACCUAACUAUAAUUUGGACUUAAUUAAUUACUAAAGUUUUACAUGUUCAGUGCAAAUAAUUAUUUUUUAAAUGUGGCUCAUAAUAUGGCAUUUGGAAUUUUGUAUUUUUUUAACUAGGCCUAUUAUACAUAUUCUGUACUAGAACAAUCUUGUUGAAUUGUUUGGAUUUAAACUUGUUGUCAGCAAACUCUUACAGUCAUGAAUUUAGGAGGUACUGUCCAUCUAAACAGGAUGGGCAUUUGUGUUGUAUUUUUUUGUUUUCUCAUUGUAGCUUUAUACAUGACGAGAGAUGUUCAUGAAGAAGAACCAAAAAAACUACCAUCGUACAAUGUAAAACAAUUGUUGAUAGCUGCCAUAGAACUUGCAGAGAAAGGUGGAGUUGAGGUAUUCAAUGUUAGAAAAAGUGCUGAUUUGAAAAUACAAAGUAAAGGUAAAACCUUAGAAGGAGCAAAUAACCCAGUAACUGAUGCUGAUUAUCAUUCACAUUGUGUAAUGUAUUUUGGAUUGAAAAAGCUUUUUCCUUUAGUGAAGAUUAUUUCAGAAGAAGAAGUUUUGGAAUCAAAAUGUGGCCAAUUGUCUUCCCCGUCUCUUACAAUGAAGGUGGAACCUAAUGGUAACCUAGACAAUUUAAUAGAUGAAGAACUUCCAAUAAAAGAUUUGACUAUUUGGAUCGAUCCCUUAGAUGCUACUCAAGAAUUCACAGAAAACCUACUGGAGUACGUGACGACACUGAUUUGUGUGGCAUACAAAGGUCGUCCAUUGGUGGGAGUCGUGCAUCGGCCUUUUGCCCAAGAGAAGACAACCUCGUGGGCGUGGGUCGGUCGUGGAAUGUCAUCUGACCUUGCAUCUUAUCAAAAUGUGGAGAGUUCUCCUACAGUGGUGGUUUCCCGUUCACAUUCUGGCUCCAUAGAGGACAUAGUGCACAAAGCUCUUGGCACCGACACUCCGAUAGUCAAGGCAGGAGGAGCUGGAUACAAAGUGCUCCAAGUCGUCAGUGGCAACGCUAGCGCCUACGUCCACGCAACAGCCAUUAAAAAGUGGGACAUAUGUGCGGGAAAUGCAAUACUGUCGGCAGUGGGCGGCGCUAUGACCACGCUCACUAAUGAGGAAAUAGACUACUCUCCGCCCAAAGGACCUCUGAACAGGGACGGACUGCUGGCUACCCGACACGACCAUUCUCAGUACGCCUUGCGCUUCCACCAGGCGUUGCAAAGAGACAUGCACCUGUAAACUGCAGCGAGGCAAUUUGAUUGCUCUGGUUGAUCAAAGUGUUCGAAUGGAUAGUUUAUUGAAUUUGGUAUUUCCCUGUACCUGCUUAGCAGCUGAAAUGUAUUCUAUCGAUUGUGAUAAACAUUGUGAAGCUACAGGAACUGAACACUUUGAAUUUGGAAUGCAUUAGUGAAUUACAGGGGACUUCUAGGGAUUUGGCGUAUUUAAAAUCUAUGGAAAUUUUCUUUUUUACAAUACAAGUUCUUUUAGACUAGGAUAGGAAAAAGAACAGAACAAAUUAGAAAUAUAUAACCCACAACUUGUUCACAUUGUUUAAAAAGAAGCUAGUACCGGUGCAAUAUAGUUAUUUUCCAAAUUUUGCUAAGAAUAUUUUCUAAUGCAGUGUAAAAUAUUUCAACUACUUUACAAAAAAAAUAUAUAUAAAACUCACCAAAACGUCCUGCAACACAAUAAUUAACAUUUACUAUCCUAGGAGAUCCCUCAAAAGAUUUACAAAAUUAAAUGCUUAAGAAAUUUUUUAUUUUGCAAUUUCCAAUGCACAGGAUGGUCAUCAUAGUCUUAAGUCGACAAAAUGUUUAGCAGUCAGAGUAAAAUUGAUAGCACAAACUUUAGGCUAUCAACACUAAAUUUAAUUUUAAUUAAUUAAUUGUUGAGUUUGUCGUUCUGGUUGUGAGGACAGUUUCUAAAACAAUAAGUCUGGCUGAAAUGCAAUCUUUUAGGUUAUAUUUUAAAAUUUCAAUGCAAAGUUAAUUUAAACAAUUUCAGAUGGUGUUUUAAAGUAACAACAAUUAACUUUCUCUGAUUAUUACCAUUAAAUCCAAUUAACUGUGGGUAUAAACCGACUUGUAAAAAUUUAAAAUGACACAGUUCCAAGUAAUCGGUUAUCAUGGGGGUUUUUACCAUUCAAAUAUGCUGUUCACUUCAUCUAGUAUUCCACUCAAGUUUCACAAUAGGCACUUACUUAUCUGUAUUAUUUUUAUCUAACUAACUCAUAAUGUUUAAGGUGGUAAACCUUAGAAUUUUUCCCAGUUUAGAAGUCAAUUACGCCUGCUGUAAAUAUUGUAAAAAUUGAAGCAUCAAGUAACAGUAACAUAAAACUAAAAUACAAAUGUUUUUUUUUCAAAUUUAAGUAGGCUAUCCCUAGAAAACUAGUCUUCCACUUUUGAUUUGAAUUAGUUUUUUUUCUUCACAGAAAAUAAGGAUUGUUACUUGCAGUUGCAGACUCAUAAACAAAUAAUAUAUGAACCUGGUAUGCUAUACCGAGUAGUUUUAUACUUGUAAAUAAUUGUUACUACGAUUAAGUUUAAUGAGACAUUUUACCAAGUAGGCUAAGUUGUAAAUAACAAUUGAAGUGUUACGUCUUUUAAUGUUGUAUGUAAACCGUUAAAAUUGUCUUAAGCUAUUCAAUUUAAAAAGUUAUAAUUGCAAAUAAAAAUAAAUGGGCUGCCAUGCUCAGGGCUAAUUUUAAACUUGUCUUAAAAAAGGUUUUGGGUUUUUGUUAUGAAGUUUGUGUGAUUUUGUUUUUUAUAGUUUAUUUCAUAAUUUAAGUUACGAGUAGUAUUACUAUGGUGCUUUAUUAAUUUAAUUACAUGAACAAAGACAUAAAUCCUUCAAAUCAAGCUUUCUAGGGAAAUAAUCUUGAAUAACCAAAGCAUUUUCUCCUAUUUCAAAUUCAAGUAAUAUGAUAUUCAAGAAAUAUGUAAAUUUGUGUUAUUUUUUAUUUGUGGACCCAAUUUCAAGAACUAUUUUAAUCAAGUUUACCUUAAUAGUUGUUUCAGUUCUUGAAUGCAGAUUGAGAUCCAUGCACAUUUUGCUGUGCGGUGAAUGAUUUUUGAUUUUCAGGGUCUUCUCGUUUUUAUUGGUAUAAGAAGUCAAAGUCAAAUAAAUCUUUAUUCAAACAUACAACAAUGUGUACAUGAAUGCGUCUUAAUCUUAAACUAUAACUAAUACUAAAACCAUUUUCCUGAUCCAUUUUAUUUUUUUUACAUAUUUACAUUUUUAUUUACAUAUUUGAACAUAGUGCAGUAAAUUCUUCAAAAUUAUAAAACUCUCCACUAAUUAGAAAAUUCUUAAGCCUUUUUUUGAACUUAUUUCCGUUUUCCUCAUUUCUGAUGCUACAAGGGAGGGAAUGAAAAAAUUUAACCCCAAUAUAAUCAGGGCUUUCUUUAAAUUUUUCUUUUUUAUGCUUUUUAAUUAUAAAAUUUUGUUUGUGUCUAGUAUUGUAAGUAUGUACAUCUUGCUGUCUUUGCAGUUGCGACUCCCGGCUUUUAACAUAUAAUAUAGUCUUAUAUAUGUAGAGGCUGUAAACUGUAAAGAAUUCUAAUUCUUUGAAACGAUUUUUACAUGAUUCAUUUUCAUUUAAAUUAAGGAUGCACCUUAUGGCCUCUUUUUGUAAAUGUAAAAUUUCAUUUAAGUUAUAUUUAUUCGUUCCACCAUAAAUUUCAAUGCCAUAAGCAAUAUGGGAGUGUAUAUUUGAAUAAUAAACCACACGCAAAAUUUCUUUACUGCAAAGGGGAUAUAGUCGUCUUAAAGUAAAAAUACCGGAGCUAAUUUUAUUGCAUAUUUUAUUGACAUGUGAGGUCCACUUUAGUGUACUGUCCAAGGUUAGACCUAAAAAUUUGGUUUCACAUGCAAAAUUUUCAAAUAUCUUUUCGCCAGACUUUUUACAUUCAAAUUUGAUAAAGGUUGUUUUGUUUUCAUUAAGUAAAAGGUUUUUUUCAUUUAGGUAAUCUCCAAUUAUUUUGAGCGAAUCUUUCAUUUUUAUUUCAAGAAGUUCAAUAUUCUUUUCAUGUAUAGACAUACUUAUGUCAUCUGCAUACAAGCAGAGGGCAUUGUUUUCUACCCGUUCAGAUAAAUGUUUUGGCAUCCCUCCCAAGUAGCACAGGAACAGGAAUGGACCCAACACAGAUCCCUGAGGAACAGAAUACUUAACUUCCCUAACAUUAGAUCUAACAUUGUACAUCUUAUUUCCAUCUAAAUACCCAAUGUUAACAAACUGUUGGCGGCCCUCUAAAUAAGAUUUUAUCCAGUCCAGUUCUUUACCACAAAUUCCAUAUGCUCUGAGUUUUUGCAGUAACUUUAAAUGAUUCACGCUAUCAAAAGCCUUAGACAUAUCUAAAAAGGCGCCAACAACAUAAUUGUCCUCAUCCAACUUAUGUAAUACAUUUUCAAUAUAAGAAAUUAGAGCUGUAGUAGUAGAUUUAUUUUUUCUAUAUCCAUGCUGUUCUUGAUCUAAUAAGUGGUUAUUUUCAAAAUAAUCUACUAGUUGAAAAAGUAAACUUUUUUCAAAUAGCUUUGAUAGAGCAGGUUGAAUUGCCAAUGGUCUAUAGUUUUGCGGAUCGUUUUUAUCACCUUUUUUAUAUACUGGAAUUAUUUUUGAUAUUUUUAGUUGAGCGGGAAAAACGCCUGUUAUUAGUGAUGUAUUAAUCACAUGUAAAAGUGGCUUUAACAAAACAGAUUUUGAUUCUUUAAUAAUUUUGAUUGGAAUUUCAUCAUAACCGGAUGACCAUUUAGGUUUUAUUGAAUCAAUUAUGGAUGUCAAAAUUGAUUCAUCGAUGGUUUGACACCUAAAUUUUAUGUUUAAAAUACUUUGAUCAGAAUGUUGUUGGGUUUUCUUUAAUUUUGGUAAAACAUUUUUGUCAACCAUCUCAGCAAAAUUAUCAUUUAAGAUGUUUGCGACAGCAUAUGGUUCUUCUAUUUUUUUGCCGUUAUGUUUGAGUGAAAUAUUACUAUGACUUCUUUCUUUUUUACUUUUUGUUUCAGUGUUCACAAUUUUCCAAACAGUUUUGUUAACAUUGGUAGAAUUUCUAAUUUUAUUGUCAAAAUGGGUUUUUUUCUUAAGUUCUAUCAUAUUUUUGUAUCUCUUCUUGUGUUCCUUAAUAUAAUUCUUCAAUGCUAUGUUACUUCUAUCAUCUCUAUAUAAGUCAUGUUCUGCAAUUAUUUCAUGACGCUCAUUGAUAAUUUCAUCAUCAAUCCAUCCAUUAUUUACAUUACUGGAAACUAUUUUUGUUUUAGGGAAAUGUAAAUUGAAGUAAUAUUUUAAAAUGUUAUAGAAAUAAGUAAAUUUGUCUUCCACAUUACAGUUAUAAAGUUUUGUCCAAUCCUCUUUGGAAAGGUCAUAAAUGAAAAGGUUAAUGCUCUCUUGUUUAUACCUCCUUUCAUACUUAUGUAUUUUAAGAUUUAAAUUGUUAUUUGUACUUUUUGAACUGAGGAUUUUAAAAAGUUGUCCAUCAUGAUCUGACAAUGCUGUAAUUAAACAUUCUACUUCAAAAAAAUUGUUAUCUAAAUUAGUAAUAAAAUUAUCAAUGGCAGAUAAACUCUUUUCAGCAACUCUAGUUGGAAUUUUAAUUGUAUAUUUAAAACCAUGCAUCUGCAAAACAUUAACAAACUUCUUUUUCUUAUUGUCUUCCCUCAAAACAUCAAUAUUAAAAUCACCCCCCAAUAAAAUUUUUUUGUCAGUUUUACUUAAAAUUUUCAAAAGUUCACUUAGUUUUUCCAAAUAUAUAUCAACGUCUUGUGAUGGUGUUCUAUAUACCCCAGCCACUAAAAAUUUUUCUUUGCCUGCUUUAAUUUCUGUUACACAAGAUUCAAAGAUUUUAUCUUGAUUAAGCGCCUGUAAUGAACUUAGUAUUAUAUUUUUGAAUUCAAUUUUUUCUGACACCAAAAUUAAUACCCCCCCUCCCCCGAAAUCUGUUCUAGUGUACCAGGUCGAAACUUGAUACCCUGGUAUUUUGAGUUUUGUUAUUUCAUGUUGGUUUAAUUUAUGUUCAGUCAAAAUUAUAAUAUGUGGCUUUAAUUCUUCAAUUGUGAUAAUUAAUGAGUCAAUUCUAGUUGCUAGACAUUGUAUGUUUUGAUGGAAGACAGAUAUACUACAUGAUUUCUUAUCAUUAUUGAUCCUAGAAGUUAAUUCUAAAGAUUUAGGUACUACACUCACUUUGCUACCAGGCAUGGCCAUGCCUGGGAGUUUAAAAAGUGACUUGGAAAGAAGACCUUGGAGAUGCACUAAACCAACGGUGAAAUGUACAUGGAUCUCAACUACAAUCUAGAACUAUGACAACCAUUAAGGUAUAUUCAAUUGUAAACAAUGUAGGUUUCAGAAUACUGUUCAAAAAUGCAAUCGGAUUCUUCAAAUUAAAUAUUUUUUAUUAUUAAAACUUGAGCGUUCACCUUGUGUGUUGUGAUUGGGCUGAUACUUAAAAUUAUAAAAAUUUAGAUGAAUUAUAAGUUAAAAUUGUAAAUUCCUUGCUAUUGCAAAUUGCUUUUGUUGAUUUGUUCCUAAUAAAUUGUUUAAAUAUCAUGUUA